UCGUGCCCCUGAAGUAGGCACGUUUCUGAGAAUGAAGCUCUGGUAAAAGCGGGAAGAAUCUUAUAAAUCCAGUCUCCACUUCCGACAGACGCUCCCGCCAAACAACAGCCCACCUGGAGAAUCCACUCGCUCUCGUCUGAUAGGGCGUGGCCAGCCUACAAUGGUCAUGGCAUCCACAUCGCCGAGGAGAAAGAGGAAAAUGGCGUCCAGCCUGGUUCUAAAUGCCAUCUCCUCGUACGGGGGGCCGACAGGGGUGUCUGUGGCCGGGGUCAGGAAGAUCCUGAAGGCCAGUGGCUACGACGUGGUGAGCAACCGAGGCAGGAUCGGCCUCGCUGUUCGGAGAUUGGCGCUCAGGAAAUACAUCAUCCACACCAGAGGCAGAGGAGUCAGGGCCUCGUUCAAGCUCAACACCUACGCCUCUGGUCGCAGGAGGAGGAGGAGGAGGCGGGUGGGUCGGAGGAGGAGGAGGAGAAGGAGAAGGAGGAGAAGAAGGAGGAGAAGGAGAAGAAGAAGAGGCAGGAGGAGGCGGAGGAGGAGAUACAGGAGGGCCCGCUCCAGGAGAAGACGCAGGAGAACCUACUCUCGGAGGAGAAGGAGAAGGUCCACGAGGAGGAGAAGGAGGAGGAGGAGAAGAAUUGCCCCUAGGAGGAUCAGGAGAAUCAGGAGGUACCGCAGAAGGCGCAGGAGGACCAGAUCCAGAAGGAGGAGAAGGAGGAGGAGGAGCAGAUCCCUCAGGAGGAGGAGGACAAGGUCGUACAGGAGGAGGAGGAGAAGGAGAAGAUACAGCAGGAGACGAUAAGCUUCCACAAGUCAUCCAGAAGCUGGACUAUUUGAUAUUUUUUGCAGUGCGUUCUUGAUCUUCAUUGAGUGUGUUUUUAAUCAACUUGCUGUUUAACACCAUGUAAAAUGCCACUGUAAAAAAACAACAAAAAAAACAAUAAUGCAACAUAAAAUAAAAAUGAUU